AGAGAACUCUCAGCGUUCAGUUGCCUGAGAGCAACAGUGAGAUUCAGAUGGAGAAUUUUCUCUUCCUUCUGGAAAGUGUUGAUACUGCAUGGCUGACCCCCAGCUUCAGUACUUGGGCAAUGGACAUGAUCCUUGCCUUUGUGUGUGGGCUGGGGCUCUUCCACCUAUUAUUACCCCUCCUCCACCUUAACUCACUCUCACCUCCAUCAGCAGAAAACAUCACUGCCCAAAAGGUGGUGAAGAGGGAGUACAACAAGGUCAGGAAGAAAAUCAGGACCACCAAAGCUUGCAGAGGCAGCAGGAAGAAACCAAAGGGGGACGAGGUACUGAUGUCACUUGUGGACAGGAUGCUAGAGAGGCUUGUCAAUACCAUCAGCAUUUGCCAGCUCUUAAGACAAGAUGCCUCAGGUGAAGCGUCCAAACCAGAAGCUACCAAAGCCCACCUGCCACCUAGGCAGCCCACAGAGGAGUCUAUGGCCACCAAUUUGUCCCCAGAGGCUUUCUCCACUCCUCUCAAGGAACAUCUGCUGCCCAAAGAUUCUAAAAACUUAUCACAUGUCCUGAUGAAUUCCCCAGCUUCUAUUAAGUCACAGUCGUCUGUGAGUGCCUCUCAUCCACCCGAGACCUUGACUCAUGGAAGACGUCACUCACCACCAUGGGCACCUUCCUACCCAUCUCAUCCUCCUGAUCCUGUGGUUUGUUCUCCAUCCAUGCCAGAUUCCAGUAUGAAGGCUCCUUGGUUUACUAUUAAACACUACUGACCUCAGA